GCAGGACAGAUAGAUAACACCAAAUACAAACGAUCACACAUGUAUGUUUUCACUUUUUUGAGGAAAACAAUGCAGGAGAUCACCAAUUUGAUACGAGGUAAAAGCGGCCUCCACCACAUUUCCUGUUCAUAAGUGUGCAAGGAACAGAUGUUAAGACUUAAGAUCGAAUAGAAGUCUUUAGGUACAUACUCAAAUUGCAAGGCCAGAGCAGAACAGCACAUCGACGUCUGCCAACGUUUUAAAACCAAGUUUUGUUUGUGAUAAAGGGGGAGGAUUUUCUACAAAACCACCAUAUAUGAACAGGGAUUUGCUUUCUGUUACAGAAAUGGAGUUUGCAUGCCACUUUUCAAUCUGGGGACUUCUAGCCUUUAUGACUAUGGCUCUGAUUGUUUCGCUGGUCAUAAAUAUUUCAUACUGCAUAGCAAACAAGCAAAAAGGUUACACGUACAGAGACUAUCAAGAAUAUAGUCCAAGCGAUGAUGAUUAUACUGAAGAAUGCCCAGUUUAUGGCAACCUCAAUCAGGAGAUUUUAGAUGAAUGUUGCUAUGAACAAAUGAAGGCCCAGCCUCGGAGACGCGCUAAUGAAGUAAAGGUGGAGGUUGAAACUCAGAUGUGCUAUGCCUCCCUUGAUCACAGCAUCAAGGAAAAAAACAGGAAGCCUAGGAAAAAGAAAGCUCCUCCAUUAGAAGUGAAUGAAGAAGAGAUGCCAUCUAAAAACAGCACCCUGGCUUCCCAAACUAGCAUUUAUCUCAACAGUGACCAGCUGGCAGCUGAAAAUAAACCAACAGAGGAAGCCAUUCAUGAUGACCCUAUCAGACUGUUUGGCUUGAUUCAUGCAACAUAGGACAAAACAUCUACAGAGGACCCCUGACUCAACUGACAGAUCACACAAGAUAAAGUAGAUUUUUCACUUGUUUAUGUUGCGGGAAAGAGACUGAAUAAAUAGUAUCCUGAAUUUGGAAGAAUAGCUUGGUAAAUGAAACCAAUGGUAUAAAUGGGUAAGUGAUUCAUUCAAAUUGUCCACUGGGCGUAACUGCCAACUAAUUUAGGUCAGCAGGUAGCAGGAUUUUAGACACAGAAUGCUAAUUUUUAAAGCAACCCAAAGAAGAGCUGGCCACCUUCACAGUUAUCUAUUUUGUAAAGCAGUUACAGGAGCCAAGUACCUCUCAGAAUUUGGCCCCAAAUUAGCAAUUAUCCUGCAUGCUUUAUAGCAGGACUUACUUCUUCAUUUCAGUUGCCCAUGGAUCCCACUUCAAGGGAUCUAAAAAUGGGCCACAUGAUCCUCUGUAGAAAGCUAGCAUAUUUUGCCUGUUAUUCUAUGUUGUUUCAAGAGUAGUUUGGGAAAUCAAAGGCACUUUAAGACUGGCAUAUUUAAUAGUUAAAACUUGUCCUGCUAUUCAAUAUUUAAUACUGUCCUACUGUGACCUGCAGUAAUAUUUAAGGUUAAUUAGAAAAUAAUAUAACUGCUUCAGUUCAUUUAAUUAGUGCUUUGUAUACCCAGCAAACAUAAUGCUAUUCGAAUAUACUCUUAGCUUCCUAUGGCAAACAGUACCAGAAUCUCAAAUCUCUACUUCUGUACCAGUAACAUUUUCUCGGUCUAUUCAACAAUCUGUAAAAGAAAGUGGCAAAUGAUCUGUGAAAAUAAGCCUCCUGAGGAGGACAAAAUGAUUUCUACUGGGUUUCACAUUGUCACUUUAAAAACGAUUUUAGGAAGAUAGGAAAAAGUCUUUUUACUCCCCAAACAAUUCAGUAACUGUAUGCAUAGGUCAUACUUAAAAAUGUACAGCACAAUUUUAUCUUGAAAGCUCUUUGGGGGCAAAGACUAAUUUUAUGUAUGGCACAUUUUGGGUGCUACGUAAAUAGGAAUAGUAGCAAACACCAAUACACCACUGCUAUAAUGCUACCGCAUCUGGGUGCCAGGGCAAAGGGGUACAUUUUUCCCAUAUGAAAAGCAUAAAGAAAAACAGAAAGAACUUGAUUGCUCAAGGUCCUAUUUAAAAGCAACACACAAAUUGACUUGCUCUCCUAGAAACUAUUUCAUUCUAAGCGAGAUGUAGACAACUAAUGUUGCAGAGGCAGAAAUAAUGCUCGUAGGGAAUCAAUAGAAAAUACAUGAAGCAUUAUAAAAAAAACCAAUUCCCCAGACUAAUACCUCCCUGCCCCCUAAAAAGAGGUAAACCUGAAGCUAAACACAGGGACAUCAGAACAAGAAAUGCUAUCUUAAUCUGGUUGCCCUAAUUACCAUAGUUGAGUGAGAUUGAAUCAAAGUAAAAAGACUUAGCUGCAUAUCAACAAGCUCUUGGCCCCAUGAGCCAAAAAAGUUUUGAACAGCAUCUCUGUUAAUGGUGAGAUGUAAAAUAAGUAUUUCAACUAAGCUGACACACCAAACAGAUCUAGUACCAAGCCCCUUCAAGGUAAUUAAAAGUAAGGCUUAUCUAACUAACUAGGCAAGCAAACAGCCCCCAGGACAAGCAUUCAUGUUGUCACAUGUUUAUGUUAUACAGAGAAUCAAAAUAAGGAAUGUAGUAUUCUCAGUUAAUACAAUUUAUGAAGCCUUUUAUCUAAAUAAAGAUUGGCCAAGGUCCAUUAUUCCCUAUAUGUCUCUCACUUUUUCAAAGGGCACUCCUACCCCACAGUACCCACUUGCUGGCUAGAUAGCUCUGCUGAGGCCUGCCUUAGUUUCCCUUUAACUCAGUCUCCCUUAAAAAGUCCACACAGGCCAGAUAUUCAGAACAUUCCCCCCCUCCUAGGGUCCAGUUUAUUAAGACCUGCAGAAAGUCUUUCAAAAGAAAACUCAGACUUACAAUCUCUUCAUCCCAGUUUCCUCUAGGACCAAUCCCUCCUCCCUGAGGCUCUAUCUUCCCUACAGACUUCCAGUACUGUUCACCUCCAGUUCCAAGCACAGCACAACCAGCCAACCAGCCAGCCAGCCAGCCAGCCUGCCUGCCUUCCUUCCUUCCUUCCUUCCUUCCAGGAGGCCUGAGGUAUAGCCUUUUCCAUUACUACCUUCCUCCUCCUGAGUCACAGCCCAGCCAGGGCCUUCUUAUGCCUUACAGCACCUGUGAGUAACUGCUAACAACCUGCAGCUGUCUAGCCCUUUGUAAGGCCCAGGUGCCUUCUCUGAAGCACAACUAGGCAGCAGGUAAUCAGUCCAGGUGCACUGGACCUCACACUCCCUCUCAAAGGGGCCAGUGACAUUGUAAUACACCGUUUGUACUCUGUGCAUGGUCUGUAUCUUUGGCUUCCCUGCCUCACACUGAAAAUCCCAUGUCUCUGAUAAUCAAGGUUCAGAGAACUUUACCAAAGCCCCAAUUCCACAAAGCACUUAUGCUUAAGGCCCAUUCAAGUCAGUGGGAUUUAAGCACUUGCUUCACUUAAGGGCAUGUACUUAAAGUCCUUUACUGAGUUGGUGCCCAAGUCAGUACACUUGGUUCCCUCUGUGGCAUUGUCAGUCUUCACUGAUUUCAGUCAAGCUAUGACAAUUUACACCAACAUAGGGCCUGCAAUAUUCCUUAUACUUGUCCCUUGGUGGUUUGUUGGGAGAAGUGAAGAUGGAAGUUAUCAGCAAUUCUCUCCCACACUCAGCUUUCCCUCCCUGGCUGAUCACUGCAAUGGUUAAGAACAUAAGAAUGGCCACACUGGGUCAGACCAAAGAUCCAUCCAAACCAGUAUCCUGUCUACCGAUGGUGGCCAAUGCCAGGUGCCCCAGAGGGAGUGAACCUAACAGGUAAGGAUCAAAUGAUCUCUCUCCUGCCAUCCAUCUCCACCCUCUGACAAACAGAGGCUAGGGACACCAUUCCUUACUCAUCCUGGCUAAUAGCCAUUAAUGGACUUAACCUCCAUGAAUUUAUCCAGUUCUCUUUUAAACCCUGUUAUAGUCCUAGCCUUCACAACCUCCUCAGGCAAGGAGUUCCACAGGUUGACUGUGCGCUGUGUGAAGAACUACUUCCUUUUAUUUGUUUUAAACCUGCUACCCAUUAAUUUCAUUUGGUGGCCCCUAGUUCUUAUAUUAUGGGAACAAGUAAAUAACUUUUCCCUAUUCACUUUCUCCACAUCACUCAUAAUUUUAUAUACCUCUAUCAUAUCCCCCCUUAGUCUCCUCUUUUCCAAGCUGAAAAGUCCUAGCCUCUUUAAUCUCUCCUCAUAUGGGACCCAUUCCAAACCCCUAAUCAUUUUAGUGGCCCAUUUUAGUUACAUUAUCUACUGCUGUCACCACAGCCUCCAUUUUAGGAUAAAUAACCAUAAUGUUCAUGUCAGUUAUAUACUGAGACACUGCUACUGUUGCUCUGUGAGAUAGAGGUUUUUUCCUCCCCAGGCUGCAGAUAUCUAUAUAAUGAAGCAAUUCUCUGGCUCUUUGGUCUCAGGUUCACUUUUUAACCUGGACUAAGCCUGUUGCAUUUAGGCACUACAUCCCUGAAAGCCAUAACCUGUCCCAGCAAUAGCCUUUGUUGUUGUUGUUUUUUUUUUUUUUGCCAUAGUGGCUUUCAGGGGGUUGCUAAAUGUCUCUUAAAAACAAAGUUGUCUGGCAGAGAACAUUCUUCCCUGCUCUUUAGGCAACAUAUCACCUAGUGGACCUGAUGUAACUUUUGGUGUUAUUGAUUAAAUGUUAUAUAAUUACAAUGACAUAAAGUGAAUUUAUUAGGAUGACGUUAAGAAUAAACAUCUGCAUUAUUUAAAUA